AUGUCGGGUGAUACCGAUAAAGCGAAAAUCAGUGACAAUCAGGAUGAAGAUAAGAAAUCUGGAGCAGGUGACGGCCAAACAACAGAAGAUGAAUCCUCACAGGAUUCCAAGGGUGAGUCUGCAGAAACAGAGGCGCAAGGUAACGUCGAUGUAGACAAGGAACAGCCAGGUGAUGGGAAGUCUGCUACAGCAAACGGCAAAGAAGACGAUGGCCCCGCUGACGAUUCAAAAGAUGAAAAGGACGCAAAAGUCGACGGAGAUUUUAAAAAGGAAGAAAAUGGUGAAACUCAUGAAGAGAAUGAUAAGGAAGACGUAAAAGAAAAUGACAAGGGGCCCAAGAAAGUAGCACCGAAAAAGAAACCCAAGAAAGAGGAUACUGAGGAGGAGGAAGAUGACGAAGAGGAGGAAGAGGAAGAAGAUGAGGAAGGUGAAGAAGGAGAUGAAGAGGAUGAAAAGGAAGAAAAGAAACCUAAAGAAAAAGUAAAGAAGCCCGCAAAGAAAGCCGAUGGAGUAGAAGAAUGUGGUGAUGACGAAGAAGGAGAAGAAGAGGGUGAGGAGGAGGAGGAGGAAGAAGAAGAGGAGGAGGAGGCGCCUAAGCCUAAACCUAAGAGAGAGCCGACGGAACCUCCAGUGCCGCUACCAGCAGGUAAAGGCAUCCCCCUAGGACACAUCAGCAAUGUAGAAGUAUCACUGUCUCGGUUCAAGACUCAAGACCAAAAGAUACUCCAUCAAUAUUUGUAUGGGCAACUCUGCUUAGACCGUAACGUAAAGCGUAACAUUAAGAAAUUCAAAGGCUACGAAUGGGCUAUCGGCUCUACAGAAUACAAGGCCAAGUUGGAAGAAACGGCCAAGAUGGAGAUGAAACAACUCCGUACUAUGUGUGAAAUGUUAGAUUUAGACAAAAAAGGUGGCGCGAGCGAGCUGGCGGCGCGGCUGGUGGCGUUCCUGCAGCAGCCGGCGGCCAACUCGCCGCACGCGCGGGGCGUGGCGCGCGCGCCGCCCGCCGCCGCGCCCGCCGCCACGCCCGGCGGCCGCCCGCGCCGCUCCGCCGCCGUCAAGAUACACAACCGAGGCUAUUCAGAUGAAGAAUAUGAAACUGACCCAGAGACUAAAGUCAAAGGUCCCAAACCAGCAAAGGAUGGAUCAGAGGAUUCAGAUGGUUCGUUCAACCCGAGCGGGUCGGAGGCGGACUCGGACUUCGACCCCGAGGGCGGCGAGGGCGCCAGCGGGCCCGGCCGCAAGCGCAAGAGCUCGGGCCGCCGCCGCUCCAGCGGCAGGCCCGGCAAGCGCGGCCGCAAGAGCAAGGGCAAGAAGGGCAAGCAGAGCACGAGAGGGCGAGGUAGGAAGGCGAAAUCAGAAUCGGACGACGAGAGCGACAAGUCCGAGAGUGAGAGUGAAGCGGAGUCUGGCAGCGACGCGGAGGAGUCUGAUGAGCCGAAGUCGAAGCGCGGACGGCCGGCGGCCGCGGCGGGCGCGGUGGGCAAGGGCCGCAAGGGCGCCGUGGCCAAGGCUAGCGCCAAGGCCACACCCGCCAAGCGGAAAGCGCCUACGCCGCCAGGCAAAAAGAAGGCUGGCGCCAAGCCAGUAGGAAGGCCAGCUAAGAAGGGUAAGAAGGCGUCCUCUGAAGAAUCUGGUGAGGGCAGUGAAGAGGACGAAGAGGAAGAGGGUAGCGAGGAGGAGGAGAGUGGAGAGGAUUCCGAUACACCCGCAGAUAAGAAAGCUAAACGGCCGCCUACGGAUGAAGAGAUCAAAAAAUAUGUGAAGCAAAUUCUCGAGGGCGCUAAUUUGGAGCAGAUCACGAUGAAGACGGUGUGCAAGCAGGUGUACAGCCACUACCCGGACUUCGACCUCGCGCACAAGAAGGACUUCAUCAAGGCUACUGUCAAAUCGUGUAUU